CUGUGAGGAGGUGGGGGGGGCAGGGCGCGGAAUGGCGGCGGUGCUGGAGCUGCUGCUCCGGGAGGAGGUGUCGGUAGUCGAGGUGACACGCUGGCUGACCCCCGCCACGCAGGAGCAUCCUGUGGAUUCCAGCCUUGCCUCACUCCAUGUAUUACGGAAGGAUUUUGUUCCAUUCCUUCUUAAUUUCUUGCGAGAACAGACCAGCCAGAUCCUUGCCAAUGGACCUUCUACUCCAGCAAAAACACCGAACUCCAAGGCAGUAUCAAAACUCGGUUGCACCGGAAACCAAAGGACUAUUCAAGAAAAGAGUGCUUCCAAUACAAGUGGCCAUCGUGGGAGUCGGGUUCAGCUUUUUGCUCAAACUCCCAAUAGUUCACAUGUUUCGGAUAACAGUUUCCAAUCUUUCACAUCUAAUUCCAGUGACUCUUCUUUUUUGAUAAAGUCAAAUUUGACGAACUGUUCUGGAAAAAGUGCUCGGCAGAACAGCCCAAUUUCCAAUUGCAGCCCAACAACACAGCAUAAUGAAAAACGUUCAUCGUUAAAAUUAAACCUGGGAAACUUUUUGGUGUUGACCCCAGAAGGGCAGCCAACCCGGCGUGGCCGGAAAAAGAAUAACUGCUCUGGUCGCCAAGGGUCGAACGACCAGAGUAGGAGAUCUAAUGAGGAAGACACCCAGGCAGAGAACAUAAAGGGUGGUGCAAGUAGAAUGAAGAUAGUCUCCAUGAAUUCUACUAGUUCUCCUUCUAACAUUUCUCAGAUAAAUCUGGACAACUUGGACGAAUUUCCUCCCAUGGGUGCAUCAUCUGAAUCUGUGAGCAAAUCCAAGCCAUCAAGAAGAAUUAAUCCAACUCCAAUCAAUGAGGUCCAGUCAUUGUCCAAGUCACGGAUAUGCUUCACUUCCACUCCGAUCAGCGAGUCCAGUGUCAGGCGCCACCAAGUAAGCACAGAGGUCUUCACCAAUGUUCAAGAAGGAAGCUGUACUCCUUCUUCAGAAAGUCUGCGCGAAGAAAGGGAAAUAUUGAGGAUGGAAAGAGUUAAACUGCGUCAGCACACCUCAUCCCCAUUAGCACUGGAUCCUGUAACACCAACCAAACAGAGCUACAGUCGAAACGCAGGCGUCUCAGUCGAUAAUAUACUAACCUGUGCCGAUGCUACCAAAGUGUCCUUUGGGAAACAGCUCACAAUGCUUUCAGAGGUCUAUUCAGCCUGCAUUACAGAAAAUCUUGUGCCAAAUAUUUUCCUGGAGUUCUUCUUUGUUCUGCAACUGCUGACAUCAAGAGGAGCAGCCAGCACAGAUGAUAGAGAGUGUGACCUUGACUUAAGAAAAGUUACAGAUGCAGUGGAGAGGCAGUACUUUCAGAGUGUGCACAACUGCGUUUUCUUUGCUGUGCAGGUUCUUGACUCGCAAUUUGAGGUAAUAUCUCAGUUGGAUAAAGCCACUUUGAAGCUUCUUGCUGAAAGCGAGCGUGUGGCUGCGUUUUCUCUAUCUUUACAGGAGCGACUCCUUAAAGCAUACGAAACCAGCACAGGAAAGGUCUCCCUAUUGUUUCGGCCCACCAUACAGUCAGUGUCUUUUCAACCUGAAACUGACAACCGCUCCAACUUUCCUAGUGAUCGGUCAUUCCACAUCUUUAAAAAACAGAGGGAUAUUUUUUAUGAAUUGCUGCGUGAGUGGGAAGAUCACCAUGAAAAAGCAGAUUGGGACUUUGAACGCUGUCUUGGCAAUAAGAUCAGGACUAUGAUAUUUCACUUGACCUCAGCAUGCAAUCAUAGCCAUUUUGCAAGACUGUUUCAGAAGCAGCUAAUUCAGAUGUGUAAGGGACCAAGUGGCGGUAUGGGAGCUUCUGGUCUUGGCGAUACUCCUGACCAGGAUGUACUGAACAUGCUCGGCUCAGACAACCUGAAUAGACUUAAGCGUUUACAAGAAAGAUUUGUGACUCCUCAAAGUGUUGGUGGCCCCUGCCCGCCCCCAUCGUUUCCUGGAUACCAAGAAUUCUUCCGGGACUUCAUACUGAGUGCCGAGAGUUAUCAGUUUAACCAGCAUCUUAUGAACAGUCUUUGCCAAGAGAUCCAAGAACUGGAUGGUGUUUCUAUUAUAGGGCAUGGGCCAACAGAUGGAGAAUCUGAUGUGGAUGAGCAGGAUGAAAAGGUUAAUUUUUCCUCUGUUCUUAUGACUCUUCGACUGCUGGCAAAAUUUCUGGGAUUUGUAACAUUCUUACCGUAUCAAACUACAGAAACCCUCACAAAUCAAUUACAAGAAUCGGCGGUUGCCUUAAGGAACCAGACGUUCCCUAUAUUAGAUGUGCUGCAGCUGCUGAAAAGUUCCAUUCAAAGCCAUCGUACGGUACUGACCGUUCCCUGGGCAGUGGAAUACCUUUCUUUGGUGGAUCCUGUGGCACCGUUUCUGGAUUACUACCGACGUGUGUUUUCCUUAUUAAUGCAACUCUAUAGAUGCAAGCUGAUCAUUACAGAAGAAAAGGACAUGGUGUUACUAAAUAAGCUCCUUCUGCUUGCUGUUUUGGGCUGGCUCUUUCAGGUACCUUCAGUUCCAGGAGAUCUGUUCUUUAGCAGUGAAAGUGUUCAGGAUGACAUGUCAUUGAGCGCUGUAGUGGUUACACAGGGACUGGACUGUGCUCCUUUAGUGGAUCAGCAACUGCUUUACGGCUGCUGUCCAUACCUUGGAGAGUUGCGGAAGUUGCUCACCUCAUAUGUGUCUGGCAGUGGUGCUAAGAAUGGAGGCUUUAUCAGAAAAAUCACCCCCACGACUGCGGAACCACUCGUGCCAAAACCCACCUUAUCCCAGAAAAAACUGCAGGCACAGCUGGAACAAGCCUUCUUCCACAACCAACCCCCCUCCCUGAAAAGAACCGUGGAGUUUGUGGCAGAAAGAGUCGGAUCAAACUGUGUCAAACAUAUCAAAGCAACUCUAGUCGCAAAUCUUGUGAAAAGGGCAGAGGUCAUGCUGCAGGACAAAGUAACUGAAAACAGUGCAGACCACGGCAAGCUGCUGGACAGUGUGUGUACAGCGCUGUGUGACGACGGCAAGCAGGCUAUGCAGAAAGGCAGAGAAUACUGCAAAGAGAAAGUACCCGAAGCUCUGAGAGUACUGUUACCGGAGGAGAUUUCUCCAUGUGUUCUCCUUACCGCAGAAGACAUCGCCCUGACUCUGGCGACAGAGAAAGCGUGCACCUGGCUAAAUUCCAACAUUGCAGCGCUUAUCAAACGAGAAAUUAAGUCUACAAUCAGUCUCAUUGUGAAGUCCCAGGCUGUGGUUCCCGCUGUCAUCUCCAAGGAUUUGAAUCAGAGAUGUGCUGAAGGCUGUGAACACACGGCACUGAAACCCUCCCAGUUCAUUAUGAACAUGAAGGAUAUCCUGAGUAUUACGGCUGGGCCACGGUACAAAGGAGAGGGCGUAGAGUAUCGACAACUCACGGAUCUUCUCCUUCAACUGCCACAGACCCUCCGCUGCAGGAAGUACAUGUAUCCCCCAACAGAGAUGCACCUUGCUAAGUGCACCGUUGACUUGGCCUCUCUGCUGGUAUCUGAUGCCAUUCCAGUAGUCGAUUUGCCUUUAUUGGACGCAGACAGGACAUAUGGAAAGCAGAGUGCAAAGACAGAGGCAUUUUGUGAUCUUUUGAAUUCCCUGCUUUCAAUCUGGGAGAAAGACUUCAAUGUGUCAGUCCCUGUACAGAACUUACUUAACCAUAAGAAUAUCCAGUGUCUUACAAAGGCUCAGCCACAGUGGGAGCUGUUUGUCUUUCUCAUGCGUGGCGUUGUUCGUAGGAGACUUAUGAGCUGUGAAGAUAUAAAGGAGCAGACGCAGAAUAUUUGGGAAUUUCCGUGGUCAAUGGACUUGCUCACCGAGCUGGAAUCUACAUCUGAGGCCUUCAAAUCAGAGCAUCAAAACAACAAUUUAAAGGACAUUGUAGCACAAGCCAAUGCUACAGCUACUGCCCAGAGCUAGCUUCCCAGGAUGCACUGCUGCUUACAAUUCUAAUGCUGCUAUCUGUGUUCUGCUUUACUCCUGCGUGGGAAAGUAUGGCUGAUGAAUACACCUAUCAACGUUGUCAUAGGACAUUGUCUUACCAGGUGACUGUGUGCCACAAGUUAAGAACUUAUAAAGUAUGUAAAUACCUCCAUAUCAUGGUAAGGAUAUCUUUCUCAAUGCAUACCAUGUAUUGUGUGAUUUUAAAUCAUUCAGCUUCCAGUGUUUAUUGUCCUUGCUACCUGUAGGGGGGGGGGGUUUAUUAGUCAGAUACUUUAAGAUUUUCCCAGAAUUUGCAGAGGGAACAGAAAAUGUCAAAUAAUCACUAGAGAUUCCUCACUUGUAUGUUUUUAGAGUUGUUAAACUCAUUAACUUUCCAGUAUAAUAAGUAGAACGUUUGCUGGGAAUUCCCAUAGUACAACGCACAGCCGCAGUUUUAUAACUUACCUGAAAUCCACCUUGUCACCAGGAUUGCGUAUGAAGGUGAUGGGUCCAAUGUGUGUUUGCAGGACAGCAGCUGGAUUCGAUUUUUUUUGGCACUCGUUUGAA